AUGCCGCCACGAAUCCCACUCUUCCAAUGCCUGAGGGUUCAAGCAAACACCCAACAAGCCAAGACACGAGCAGAACGGUUGGCGACCCGUCAACACACGCCCUCGCGAACCUUCACCUCCUCAUCCCCCGUCAAUGCCUCCACCGUCACGCAGCGAAGACGGAAGCAUGACCCCUACGCCAUCGCACAAGCCAAAGCGCGCAAAGCAGCGAACCUCAGUCGGCAGGAAGUGCUCAAAAAAGAACGAGCGGCAAGCCUCGGCGAUCCCAUCCGUGGCAUAACAACUCCCUUCGUCCAGUCCUUCGACACAGCACUUCCCCCCGAACCCGCAGUGCAGUCGCAAUCAACGCAGACGCGGGUCUCAUCCCCGCCAUCUCCCUCUUCAUCCGGUGUACAAUCCGAAACAGACGCACACCUAAACUUCUACCUCAGCAAGACCGAAUUACAAAACAGCAUAACCCACAGCGUCCACCUCUCCACCCCCACAAGCCCAACCCCCGACUUCCAACAAGACGACCCGACUUCCCCAAUCUCCCCCGAACAACGACAAGCCAUCCUCGACCAAAACCACCGCACGGCAGAAGAAGCAAUCACCCGCAUCGCCUCCCUCUCCCUCGGCAGCUCCAAGGACCGCUUGCGCGUCAACAUCCAACGCUGCAUCUCCACCUUUGGACGUCGCCACACCGACACAACCCUACCCCAUUCAACCCCAAUGAAUCCCGAGUCAAGCACCCCCCGCAUAGGUCCAGACACAGGCAGCCCCGAAGUCCAAAUCGCCAUCCUGACCGCCAAAAUCCGCACCCUCGCCGACUUCCUCGGCACGAGGGGCAGGCAGGAUAAAGUGAACAAGCGCAAUUUACGCGUGCUGGUGCACAAGCGGCAGAAAUUGUUGCAGUAUUUGCGCCGGCAGGAUCGCGGCGGGGGGAGGUGGAGGCAUUGUGUGGAGACACUGGGGUUGGGGGAGGGGUGUUGGAGGGGGGAGAUUAGCUUGUAA